AUGGCUGUUAACAUCCCAGUGAUAGCCAUGGUGAUUUUCUACCUGCUGGUUCUUGGGACCGGCAUCUGGGCUUCUUUCAAGUCCAAAAGGGAACAGAAGAGAAGCGCAGCCACUGGGAUGGAUAUGGCUCUGCUGGGAAACCGGAGCAUUAGCUUGGUGGUGGGGAUCUUCACAAUGACAGCUACCUGGGUCGGAGGAGGCUUCAUUGUUGGCACAGCUGAGAUGGUGUACCUGCCAUCUAUGGGUCUAACCUGGGCUAUCCUGAUGCUAUUGGCAUACAGCUCAUCUUUUAUUAUAUGUGGCUUGGUGUUUGUAAAGCCGAUGAGAGACAGAAACUGUGUGACGUUGCUGGACCCCUUCAAUGCCAAGUAUGGAAAAGUAGUAACUGCUGCACUGUCCCUGGCUUCAAUUAGUUUGGAUGUUGUCUGGUUACCCGGCACACUAAUUGGUUUAGGAGGAACCAUGAGUGUGGUCCUGGAUUUUCCCUUCAGUGUGUGCGUAUGGAUCUCUGCUGCCGUCGCCAUUAUCUACACUCUGCUGGGGGGUCUCUACUCGGUGGCCUACACAGAUAUUGUACAGCUUAUCCUUUUAUUCAUCAGCUUGUGGAUCUGUGUUCCCUUUGCUUUGAUGAACCCCCACGUUUCGGACAUUAGUCAGACACUGAUGAACAACACCCUGCACACUCCCUGGAUAGGAUCACCCGAGCUGAAAAAGACCUGGAUACUGAUUGACGAUUUCUUAUUCAUGGCCCUGGGGAGUCUGGGAUAUCAGUGCAUUCAUCAGAGGACUUUGUCGGCAUCGUCCACAUCGACAGCAAAGACCACUUGCUUUUUUUCGGCUUUCUUCCUGCCUAUUUUGGGGAUUCCUUCAAUACUUUUUGGGGCAGCUGCUGCCUCCACAGACUGGAACAUGACUUCGUACGGUUCUCCGUCUCCAUAUGAACGUGGGGAAUCAGCUCUAGUUCUGCCCCUCAGCCUCCAACAUCUCACUCCUUCCUUCAUCUCCAUCAUCGGUAUUGGAGCUGUGGCCGCCGCCGCGAUGUCGUCCCUCGACUCCGUUUUGCUUUCUGCAGCUUCUGUCUUCACCUCCAGCAUUUACAAGAACAUCCUGAGACCCCAGGCGUCGGAGAGGGAGAUCCAGUGGGUGAUCCGAGCCUCCGUGUUGGUCGUGGGCGUGUUUGGUUCAUCGCUUUCCUUCCUGAAAAACAGCAUCUUAUUGUUCUGGUUCAUCGGAGCUGAAAUCGCCUACGUCAUACUCUUCCCUCAACUCGUCUGCGUCCUCUUCGUCGACAUCUCCAACAGUUACGGGGCUGUUAUGGGCUUGUUGUUGGGAAUAAUGGUACGACUGCUAAGUGGAGACCCAUCACUAGGGAUCGCACCAAUCCUACACUUCCCAGGAUGCACUCUUGAGAACGGUGUUUACGUCCAGUACUCUCCAGUUAAAACCAUCUCCAUGCUUUCGGCCAUUGCUGUCAUCUUGUUGUUCUCCUACCUGACUUCUGUGCUCUUCAACAAAGGCCAUCUUCCUGAGAAGUGGGAUGUGUUUAAAGUGAAAACCCAGCACUCAUUGCAACCAGACACACCAACAGAUGGCGCUACAGAGCAUAAUGAGAGUGAGAAACUGAAUGGAAGCAACUCUCAGACAGAGGCAUCAACGCUAAUGGCUAGCACAAACUGUUAGCAUUCCUGUGUGUAUAAGAUAAGAUAAGGGCAACCUCCUCUUUGUCGUGGAGGGGUUGAUCCUAAUCCAAAACAUGGCAAUCAGAAGCACAAAUAGGUUUUAGGUUUGGGUUUCGGCCUUGCAAUGGGGAAGAUAGCGGUUGCGGGUGAUGAUCAAUAGAGUGCUAACUCCUGGGACGGCUACAAACAUUUAAUUUGGGAUUUUUUUGGUUUAUUUCAAGCCCUUAGGCAUUGUGCUAAACACUUUUGCACAGUGCAUGAGGUGCUUGUUUGUGUAAAUGUAAGGUACAACUGUUAUUCCAAUGUGAUUUAAAACAAACAAGACUCAUGUGAAUUUGAAACCUUUGAAGCAGUUCACACUAAGGACACAAUGAGUGACGUUGUUUUAUAUGUAUGCUUUUUUCUUGCUGAAUCCAUAUGCCAUAAACGAGAUAUGUAUAAUUGCAAAUAAAAUGUCUGAAAAAGG